AUGGCUGCUGCUGCUAUUACCAGUACUACUGUUCCUAUUCCUGCUCCAACAACAACUGCUGCCGAACCGUCUCUUCCUCGAAAUUUAAAACAAUUAAUUGCUGAGAUCGAUCAAUCAAAAAAGGAAAUUGAUUCAAAAGUAAAAACUUUGGAAAAAUACGAUACAAGUCGCAAGAAAAAAAAAGACAAUCUUGAUAAAGCCAGUGAAGGACGAAAUACACUAAAAUCGUUACAUACGAGAGUAAACGAUAUUCAACAAGAAGUUGAAAAAGCUACAAAAGAGAGUGACAAUAGUGAAUCAUUUAGAAGUUUCAAUAAAUCAAAACAAGGAGCAUUAAAAACAUUAGCAUCACUAAGUACAAAACUUUUAAGCGCCGAUAAACACCUUGAGAAAAUAACCGGCCCUACUGACGAUUCAAUAACAGCUACUACUACAGCAAUAAAAACAGAUGGUGAAGAAAAAUCAUCGGGUAUUGCAUCUCUUGUACGAAAUAUGCCAUUUGGACGAGGAUCAAAAAAAAAGAAGAAAGAUGUUACAACAUCAUCAGUUGCACAACCAGCAGCAAUCAUAGAUGCGACAACAGAGGCUGGUGCAACAGAACAUGCGCAGAAAAGCGGAGAAGUUGCAAAAGACGAAGAUAUAGAUGAGGAGAGUGACGCAGCAAGAUCAAGUGACGAAGAUGAUGAUGAUGAUGAUGAUGAUGAUGAUGAUGACGUAGUGACAGAUAAAAAGAGUGAAGAAAUACCGAAACGUCCAAUGAAACAACCAGUGCCAACUAUUCAUUCAAAUGUUGACCAAGACUCAACGUCGAGUGAUGAUGACGAUGAACUCAAACUGUUGAAUAAUUAUCAGAAAGAAGUUUCGCAAUCAAAGAGUAUGAUGUCUGACGAAAAUGAGAAUAAAAAACGUCUGCAUACACCACCAAGCGUUCGUUCAACAAGUUCUCUAAGACAUCGAAAAGAAAACGAAAUACAUUCCGAUCAUAAACAAAUAACAACUAUUCCUGUUGAGCGAAAACAGAAAAAACCUGUAAUUUCCACUGAUAGUGAGGAUGAGGAAGAGGAAGGUGAUAAAACAUAUUUUGAAGAAGAAGAUGAUGAACUGAAAAAGUUAAAAGAAGACAGUGUGGUAGACGAGGAAGAAGAAGAACAGCAGGCUUCGGACAUCGAUGAAGAUAAUCAACAUCUCAGAAGAUUAAGAAGUGAGAAAGUUGAGCCUGGUACAAUGUUUCGUGCUCUUCAAGAUUUAACAGCUGAGAAAGAAGACGAUUUAGACCUUCGAAAAAAUGAUCGCUUAGAACUCGUUCAACAAUCACCAGAUGAUUGGUGGAUAUUUAAAAAUGAUCAAGGAAAACAAGGUUACGUUCCAAUUAAUUAUAUUGAACAAAUUUCUGAUUCUAAUGAAAUUCAUCCAUCAUCACUACCGGGUCAAAUUCGUCAACAUCGACGCAUUAGAAGACAGGAACCGUCGGCAUUGAUUGAUGCAUUAAAAGUCCAACGCAGUAUUCCAUCUGGUUUUGUUUUAUCGAAUUUAGCAUCAUUAACAACAUUAAAUAAAUAUCAGUUAUCAAAUUAUUUAAUACCAAAAAUGACUGAAUCAAAUUUAUAUUAUACUGAUUUAUAUUGGCGUCACGAUAUACAAUCGAUUCGUUUACAUAAUGUACAUCAUCAAAAAAUAUUAACAUUGAAAUCAUGUCUUAAAAUACCAAAAAUUGUUCAACAACCAAAUAUUACUAUUUUGAGUCGAUGUGUAAGAGUAUGUUUACAUGAUGGAUAUGAAAUUGUAAGUAAUAUUCAUACUGUACGUGCACAUGUCAAAAAGACGAGUGAUCCACAUGAAUUAACAGAAACAUGGUAUUUUUCUGAUUCUGAAAUAAGAUCAUUAAUAGAUGAACAACCUGAAUUAUUAAUACGCUCAGACUUACAAACAUUAUCAAAUAUUAUUAUGGAAUUAGCAGUCACAUGUCAAUCAGCACUAACAAAUGAAAAAUGUGAAAUUGGAUGUGGAUGGAUAAUGAUACCGAUCGAUCUUCCUCAAGCACUAAUGACUAAUACAAAAAGUUUUAGUGAAUUUUUACAUGGCGGAUAUUUAGAUGAAAAAGAUGUUUUAUUAGAUUCUGAAUAUCGAAGUUUACGAAAUGAAGGAAUAUCGGGUAUGAUUGAUCAAAGAAAACGAGCUAAAAUUACAUUUUCUGUUGAAUCACGUGAAGAAAAAAUUGAUAAUUUAUAUGAUCAUUUACCUACACAAUCAAUUGUUGUACCAUUAAAUCUUGUAAAAAUAUUAUAUUAUUAUCGUCAAGAAUUAGGUUAUGUAUUAAAUAAACAAUCAAUAUCAACAACACCAAUUCAUUCAAUAUUUUUAACAACAUUUUUUUCAGCAUUAGAACAACGAGAUUUUAUGGAUGCUUUAUCUAGUAUACAUCGUUUAAGAAGAAAACAAUUUCCAUCAAAUUUAUCCAUACAACAAAAGAAACAAGAAUUUAUUAAAACAUAUGAAACAUAUAUUUAUCCAUUAUUAAAUUAUAGACAAUUAUUACCAUAUGAUUUUCAUGAUGAAGGAGUAUUAAAAGAACGAAAAGGUAUUAUUAAAACAAUGUUAGCAAAACAAAUGGAUAAAAAAAAUGAUAUUUUAACACUUUUACUUGAUUCACAAUAUACGGACAAAUGGACACCAUUUGUAGCUGAAAAUGAAAUUUGUUUUUCAUUACAAAAUCAUUUUAAUCAAUUUCAACCGGAAAUUAUGACAUAA